AAAAAAAAAACAUGUUUAUUCUCAAGUCUUCUAUUCAAAGUUUCAUCAGCUAACUGUAAAAUCCCUAAUUGAAGAGAGAAUGGGAAGUAACCGUCCUAGGAAUUUCCGGCGGCGCGGGGACGACGACGGCGCGGAAAUCGACGGCAAGGAUGUUUCCGCCGCGGCGAAAUCCUCUUCAGCUCCUUCCUCUUCCAAACCUAAAAAACUCGCAGCCUCGGACCCGAAGAAGAAACUCCUCAGUUUUGCCGAUGACGAGGAGGAAGAGGAUGGACCUCUCAGUGUGGCGGUAAAACCCAAGAACAAGAGCGGUAGAGACCGAAGCAAAUCUUCUUCGCGUCUUGGCAUUUCAGGAUCUUCUCACAGAUUGAACUCUUCCACCAUGGAAUCCCGUCCCUCCUCUUAUUCCUCCACCGCGACUCCGCUUUCUAACGUGCUUCCCCAGGCCGGCUCUUAUACGAAAGAGGCGCUCCUCGAGCUCCAAAAGAACACACGGACGCUUCCGUAUUCUCGUCCUAGUGCAAAUACCGAGCCCAAGGUAGUGCUUAAGGGUUUAAUCAAACCUCCACAGGAGCAGGAGCAGCAGAGCCUUAAGGAUGUGGUUAAACAGGUCUCGGAUUUGGACUUCGAUGAGGAAAAGGAAGACGAGCGGCCUGAAGGUAUGUUUUACGAUCAGGCGACGAUUGAAGCUAUUCUAGCCACGAAGAGGCAGUCACGUACAGCACCAGCACCUGAUUUCAUAUCACUAGAUGGUAGUACAGCUAAUCAUUCUGCUGUUGAAGGGAUUAGCGAUGAGGAGGCGGAUUUUCAUGGAAGUCUCAUCGGUGCGAGACAGCACAAAGGUAAUGGGAAAAGUGUGCUUGAUUUCGGUGAUGAAAAGCCUACAGUUAAAGAAUCCACGACAAGUAGUUAUUAUGAGGAUGAGGACGAGGAAGAUAAGUUGUGGGAGGAGGAGCAAUUUAAGAAAGGUAUUGGUAAAAGAAUGGAUGAAGGGUCUAAUAGGACUGCAAAUAGCAGUGGAAUCGGCGUGCCUUUGCAUCCACAGCAGAAACCGCAGAUGUAUGCUUAUCAUCCCGGGACACCACUUGCUUCAGUGCCCAAUGUUACCAUUGGUCCAGCUAGUAGUGUUGAUACAUUACCAAUGUCACAACAAGCCGAGCUUGCCAAGAAAGCAUUGCUGGACAAUGUAAAGAGGCUUAAGGAAUCUCAUGCUAAAACCUUAUUAUCGCUUACCAAGACAGAUGAGAAUUUAACUGCUUCGUUGAUGAGUAUCACAGCUCUUGAAAGUUCUCUAUCCGCAGCUGGAGACAAGUAUGUCUUCAUGCAAAAACUCAGAGACUUCAUCUCUGUUAUAUGCGACUUCAUGCAGGAAAAGGGUUCCUUCAUAGAGGAAAUUGAAGAUCGGAUGAAGGAACUUAAUGAAAAUCAUGCUGCAGCUAUUUUAGAAAGGAGAAUUGCAGAUAACGAUGAUGAAAUGGUAGAACUAGGGGCCGCCGUGAAAGCAGCAAUGGCAGUUCUAAACACACAAGGAAGCAGUACGUCAGUGAUUGCUGCUGCCACAAGUGCUGCGUUGGCUGCCUCUGCUUCUAUAAGACAGCAGAUUCAACCAGUUAAGCUUGAUGAAUUGGGCAGAGACGAAAACCUUCAGAAGCGGAGGCAAGCGGAACAGAGGGCUGCAGCAAGGCAGAAAAGGCGAGCUCGAUUUGAAAAUAAGCGCGCAUCGGCCAUGGAGAUUGAUGGAUCUUCUCUUAAAAUAGAAGGAGAAUCAAGCACUGAUGAGAGUGACAGUGAGUCUUCAGCAUACAAGGAACUCAAAGAUAAAUUACUUCAGUAUGGUGAUCAGGUCUUCAGUGAUGCAUCUGAGGAAUAUUCCCAGCUAUCAAGGGUGAAGGAGAGAUUUGAGAGGUGGAAGCGAGAUUAUUCAUCUACUUAUCGGGAUGCUUACAUGUCUUUGACAGUUCCUUCCAUCUUUUCGCCUUAUGUAAGAUUGGAGCUGUUAAAAUGGGAUCCUCUUCAUCAAGAUGUGGAUUUCUUUAACAUGAAUUGGCAUCAGUUGUUAUUUGACUAUGGGAAGCCAGAAGAUGGGGAUGAUUUUGCACCAGAUGAUACUGAUGCCAACCUUGUCCCUGAGCUAGUGGAAAAGGUUGCGAUUCCUAUUUUGCACCAUCAGAUAGUUCGUUGUUGGGAUAUACUUAGUACCCGGGAGACAAGGAAUGCUGUUGCUGCUACAAGCUUGGUGACAAAUUAUGUGUUGUCUUCAAGCGAGGCCUUAGCAGAACUAUUUGCUGCUAUUCGUUCUCGUCUUGUUGAAGCCAUAAAAGCUAUUACGGUUCCGACAUGGGAUCCUCUGGUAUUGAAGACUGUACCUAAUGCUCCACAAGUUGCAGCAUAUAGGUUUGGGACAUCAGUCCGUCUUAUGAGAAAUAUAUGCAUGUGGAAAGACAUCCUGGCGCUUCCAGUGUUGGAAAACUUGGCUCUGAGUGACCUUUUGUUUGGAAAAGUCCUACCUCAUGUCAGAAGCAUUGCGUCAAAUAUCCAUGAUGCUGUCACAAGAACUGAAAAGAUUGUUGCUUCCUUGUCUGGAGUAUGGACAGGACAAAGCGUCACAAGAACCCACAGUCGGCCGUUGCAACCUCUUGUGGAUUGUAUUCUGACACUUAAAAGAAUUCUCGAGAAAAGGCUUGCCUCAGGACUGGACGAUGCGGAAACCACAGGUCUUGCCCGCCGCUUAAAGAGAAUACUAGUCGAGCUCCACGAACACGACCACGCCAGGGAUAUUGUUAGAACUUUCAAUCUCAAGGAGGCUGUGUGAUGAAAACUCUUAUUGGUGGGAAACUGGAAAAUUUUACUACGGUGGCUUAAUUUUAGUAUCCCCUGAGCUUAUACAAACUUAUAUUAAGAAUAGAAGUUAAAUAUCUGUAUGAGUUUAGAUUUUAGCAGAGUCCAUUUUUCUAAUAAUAUACGCCACAGCUUGUAUCGUUGUGCAGUAUUUUAGAUGCAGUAAAUUUCAUUUCUUUUGUUGUU